AUGAUAUUGUUGCCGUUGGACCCUCAGGUCAAUGAUGCCCCGGAAGUCGGGAUGCCCAUAAGGAUCGUAGGGGUUGAUACCUUUGGAUAUCUGGGGUCCGCAGAGCCUCAGAGGUACCCCGGGAGUGUCAGGAUGCCUGGUGGUAUAUCGCCUCAUAUAGCACCAAGAAGUUUCAUGGGAGUUGAAGACUAUUUGGAUGAUGAUAAUAGCAGGCCAUACUAUUAUCACAAGGGGAAGAAGUCCAGGACUCCUAAUAAGCAUGUGUCUUUCAAACAGCGCACCAUGGCCUACAUGGAGCCAUUCGUGCUAGAUGUUUUCAUCUCCAAGCGCUUCAUCUCGACUUCCCUCGCUCCCAGGAUCGCGUGCAAGCAAGUCGCUAUUGUGGGUGCCAAUUCUAAGGACAUCAAAGCCGUAGUCAAGUCACGAUCGGACAUACAACCAUGUCGGGCUGUAGGCUGGAUUUUGGCGGACUAG